AUGUGGCAUUUGAUAAUCACACUUGGUGUCCUAUCAGCCGUCGGAAAGGAAUUGCUCUUCACACCUACAAUACUAUAUUUAGAUGAAUGGUUCAUUCGUCGUAAGGGGUUAUCGCUUGGUAGCUAUGUGGACGAGUCUUUCUCGCUUUGGAAUGAGUAA